UUUAAAUGAUACCCCAGCUAGCUUUUUCAAAUGUUUCACGUUUUUACGAUACCUACUCAGAAGAUGUUAUCAUAAGAGUGCUGUUUGAGUUGUUUACAGAUACAAGUAAGUUCUAUGGUCGGGAUAAAAACUUUGAGCACACCGUUGUGUCAAUGUCAAUCAAUGAAAUACUGCAAACAUUUUUAUAAACAUUUAAUACAAAAUGGUAAUCAGGGAUGUAACAUGUUUAAUGUUAAUUAUUGGUAUAAAUUACGCCAGAUUGACCACGGCUUUUGUAACAGAUCAGUGUAUAAGCGUAUGUAAAAAUGUAAAAUUACCUACACUAGAUUUGGAUUUCUACGAACAAGUAGUUUGUCAGAGAGGUUGCAGGUUUUUUAAUAUUAUAAAGUUUAAGGAUGUACCUAAUGUUAACCGAACAAAAAAAGAAUGCCAUUUAUCUUGUGGAGAUUCUUAUAUAGUGAAAAAAGAGAAAGAUGUAUGUCAAACAGGAUGUAAUUUAAUGGCAAAAGAACAAGAGACUUUUAUUUCAUCAUUCCUGAUUGAAACUGAAAAUAGUAUUGUUUUGGCAAGCCCGGAUCGAGAUAUAGAGUUAGAUAUCCUCUCAGAUCCGAGUAUUAGAAGCCAAUUGGAAAUAGGAUUCAAUAUUGAUUACAAGAUUCCAGCAACUAACAUCAGAACUAUGCCCAUAGAAAUUGAAGAAGAAUUCAAAGUAAACGAGAGGGAUUGGUUAGAUUGUGCUUCAAAAAAUUCGGGGAUACCAAGGUGGAUAUUAUUACUGGUUAUUUUAUCGUCAGUUUUGGUGGCUUUGUGGUUGAGCUUCACUUUGGAAAAGAGAAACAGUGUAGAUGAAGAAGUCCACGAGAUGGAUAUUCCUGAUGAAAAACUUAUUCUAACCAGUGAUGAAGUGAAAGAACAGAACAUUGUGGAAAUAUUUCCUGUAUAUUUGAAUGUAUCUGAGAAAGAAGCCCCCCCAAAAUAUACAGACCGAACCGAGGACGUCUAAUUGGUAAUUAAGAAUUUUUGAAUAUAGUCAAUAUCAAGUGAAUGUUAUUUAUAUUUUUUCUCCAGAAAUUGUACAUGAAAUAAUCAGCAAUGUACAUUCAACAUUAUUUCUAUGGGAACUUGAUUAAUUUUUUAGUUAUUUCUGGUUCACUCUAUUUUUUGUCAUAAAAACUUACUCCAAAAAUUUUUUGCUGCAUUUCAGAUCCAUUAGGGGGUUAUGUUAAGGUGGGGGAAACAUUUUUUAAGAGGUGAUUGGAAAAAAGUUUAUUUUACAGUGAGUGUUAGGCAAUCCAGCCAGAAAGGGUGAGCUGCAGAGCACCCCAGACAGGUAGCUCAAUUUGCAAAGUCAUUGCUGCUUGACUGGUAAACAGUCCGGGGUAUGUAAUAGAUUCAUAGGUCAAAGUGUUAGCAAGGUAAAUUACCCAAUCUCUCAUCUAAUCUGAUUGCCAAUUCCAGUCUCUCUGCCUCUAAAUUCACUCAAAACUAUCCUCUAUGCAUAAAAACCACUUUACAAAUGUAAAUCACAAACAAAUGUUUGAGAAGCUCUCUCUAAAAUAGACAUAAUUUAACGGCUAUAAAUAGGAGUUUAUGUUUGUUCAGACUACAAGGAUUUUUUGAGGGCUAUGCUCUAAAAUAUCAUAUUCUGUAUUGUUUAUAACCUUCCAGGUUAUUUUUACAUAUUGUACGUUAUUGUUAGUGACCUUGUAACCUUUUAUAGCCGAAUGACAAAUUUUCACUUUAAUGCAACUUUAAAAAUUCUCUUUGUAUGCUAGAUUAUAACAUGUACAUAAUUAUUACCAAAUAUCUUGGCUGUUCUAUUUUAUACUUGAUCUCAGUCUUUUUCAAAGUGAUUCACGAUAACAGAAAAAAAAUUUGUUCAGUACUACCGCAUACGCCAGGUUUAGAAUCGUAAAUACUCGCUAGUUUCGCGUUUUCGAGGUCGCAGAUUCCAUUUAUCAAGGUCCCAGAUGUCGGAAUUUACUACUUCCCUUUUUUCCUUUGUAUAUAUCUGAACCAUCUAGCUUUUACAUACUUUACUGUCUUAAACUCUCAUCUGGUUUUUUAUUUCAUGGCUCCAUAAGACCUAGGAUUCUCUUCAGUAUUUUUCUUUCUAUUAAUUUCAGUUUUCCUUUGUUAAUUCCAUUCUUGGGAAUUUUUAUUAAAAUUUCUAACUUCUAAUGUCUGGUAUUUCCAGUAUAGUUCAUAACUUUCAAAUUUCUCAUUUAUAUCUAUACUUCUUUUGUUUUUUAUCUAUGUUUCAAUUUUCAUGGUUUUGUAUGGUGCAGCAAUUAUGUCUCAAUUUCUAUCAAUACAAAAUAAUGUCCCCUGAACGGUUCCAGUAUAAUUUAAUUUUUAGAUUCUGACCCCAUUAAAGCUCUAGAUUUUCCUACUCCAUCCACAGACAUCAAUCCAUCUAUUGAUCACACCUGUAAAGGAUGCGAUUCCACAAAAUGGUUCAUGUCCUGUGGAGGGUUUAUCUUUAUCUUAUUCCACGACAAUAUCUUAUUGAAGUAUAUUGAAUAAUUAGCAAUAGUAUAGGAGUAGAUCUAUAAACUGGUGUUUUUUAUCAUAUAUACGAAGUGUGAGGUGGGUAGUAUAAUACUGGGAUGAUGUACUUGACUAGAAACCUCUUGCCUGAAUGAGGCAUCAGUUUUGCACAUACUUUUGGCAUGUUAAAUAUUUAUGUAAAAUUUACCGUACACAUUCCUAUAGAUUUAACAAUCCCUUGAAUAAGUUUACAGACUUUUUUGAUAUUUGUAUUCGUUUUUUACGUGGAAGGGUGACCCGAAUGCGGAUAAUUUUCAACAUCUCUGCCAAUUUUAAGUCGAUCAUUUUUAAGGCAAAACAAAAGCAACGGCUACACUGAUUUGUCACUGAUUAAACAUCGUAUUUGAAUAGUAGACUUUCGGUUAAACAGCUGACAGUUGCUAACCUUUUACAAAGACAUGUGGCACUACAGCUCAGGAUUUGGUCCUAUCUGGACAUAAAAUAUCACCUUCAAUACAAAUUAGCUUGUUGGGUGUUAAGAUUGGAGGAAAACGCCCUGGCAUAAUCACAUGGUUGGAUUAGCUGAGGCAAUAUCACAAAAACUUGGAACCCUCUUUAAGACCCAAAAGCUAUAUACCCCGUAACAGCUUCUAAUCCUCUACAAGACCAAGAUUCGACCAUUUUUGGAGUAUUGCUCGCAUAUUUGGAGCUUGAGGACGCUAGACUCGAUACAGAAAAGUGCAAUUCGACCCAGAAUUGACCAGAAACUUCCACAGAUUAGAGAGUAGAAGAAAUGUCGCUGAACUGACUUUAUUUUACCAAUACUACCACGACAGAUACUCUUCCUAGCUGUCCAGCAUAAGUGCAAGACCUACUUGAUAAGUAGACGUGGUUCUUGAACACUGAGCUCGCCCAUAGACGCCUAGAAAAUCAAUUUAUCGGGACUCCUUUCUUUGGAGAAAUCCAUACCUGUGGAACUUGCUACCAAGGCACGUCUUUCCCGAGCACUACAACCUAAAGAAGUUCACAAGGCAGUCACCACUACUCGAGUGUAAUAAGGUUAAUUAACUUGAUACCCACACCUCAUACAGUACUUGAUAAAAAAUUUUUUCUGUUAUUAUCGCUUUAGAAAAGGAAAAAUUGUACUGAAUGGUGUUGUUUGUUAUCGUGCUUGUUUUUAUAGGUAUCAUAUACUCACGUAAUUUUUUUUAAAUUAAUCUAUACUAGAUGUAAUGUUUACCACUAUGUGAUUAUUUGAUUCACCAAAAUAAUAAAUAAGCAAUGUGUAUGUUGUUCCAUUCUUAAUGAAAUAUUGAUUAAUGUACUGAAUGAUCUCUUCAAGAAGAUAAUUGUUGUAAACUUAGCCAUAAACAAUAAAAUGAAAAAGAAAA